CGUGAUGUCAGAGGCUCAGCUGAUGUCACCGCCACGGCCGUGACUUCACUUGCCGGCUUGGGCAGGAGCCGCGAGGAGGCUGCGAGCUGGGAAACUACCCCCCUUCCCUUUUCCUCCUCCGCUUCCCUUUCCCUCCUCCCGGUCCUCGCUCUGGAGUUGCUUUCCUCCCCCUGGUGGGCCGCGGCCUGCGGUGGUCUGUCCAGGGGUCUGGGGCAAGUGCCAGGAAGGAUGCUGCUGCAAAGAGAACAUGGAAGGCCCCUCAGGCAGCCUGGCCCCUUCCAGGGGAAAUGCUGGAGGGCUGUUGGCCCGCCACUGUGCUGUUGAACAGUAUGCAGUCCUUUCGGGAGCAAAGCAGUUACCACGGAAACCAGCAGAGCUACCCACAGGAGGUACACGGCUCCUCCCGGCUAGAAGAGUUCAGCCCUCGCCAGGCCCAGAUGUUCCAGAAUUUUGGGGGCGCAGGUGGUAGUAGUGGCAGCAGUGGCAGCAGCAGUGGUGGUGGGCGGCGAGGGACAGCAGCGGCUGCAGCAGCAAUGGCUAGCGAGACCUCUGGCCAUCAAGGCUACCAGGGUUUCAGGAAAGAGGCUGGAGACUUCUACUACAUGGCAGGCAACAAAGACCCCGUGGCGGCGGGCACCCCGCAGCCUCCUCAGCGAAGGCCUUCUGGGCCUGUGCAGAGCUACGGACCCCCCCAGGGGAGCAGCUUUGGCAAUCAGUAUGGGAGUGAGGGUCACGUGGGCCAGUUUCAAGCACAGCACUCUGGCCUUGGUGGUGUGUCUCAUUAUCAGCAGGACUACACGGGGCCUUUCUCUCCGGGGAGCGCUCAGUACCAGCAGCAGGCAUCCAGCCAGCAGCAGCAGCAGCAAGUCCAGCAGCUGAGACAACAGCUUUACCAGUCCCAUCAGCCACUGCCACCAGCCACUGGCCAGCCGGCGUCAGGCUCGUCCCACCUGCAGCCGAUGCAGAGGCCCUCCGCUCUGCCUUCCUCUGCCGCUGGCUACCAGCUACGAGUGGGCCAGUUUGGCCAGCACUACCAGUCUCCUGCCGCCUCCUCCUCCUCCUCCUCCUUCCCGUCACCACAGCGUUUCAGCCAGUCUGGGCAGAGCUAUGACGGCAGUUACAGUGUGAAUGCUGGAUCCCAGUAUGAAGGGCAUAAUGUGGGUUCUAACGCACAGGCUUAUGGUUCACAAUCAAAUUACAGCUAUCAGCCUCAAUCUAUGAAAAAUUUUGAACAAGCAAAGAUUCCACAAGGAACCCAGCAGGGGCAGCAGCAGCAGCCACCGCAGCAGCAGCCACAGCAGCAGCCGCAGCAGCAGCAGCAGCAGCAGCAGCACGCUCCACAGCACGUGAUGCAGUACUCCAACGCCGCCAGCAAGCUGCCCUUGCAGAGCCAAGUGGGGCAGUACAACCAGCCCGAGGUUCCUGUGAGAUCCCCCAUGCAGUUCCACCAGAACUUCAGCCCCAUUUCUAACCCUUCCCCAGCUGCCUCUGUGGUUCAGUCUCCAAGCUGUAGCUCGACCCCAUCUCCUCUUAUGCAGAGUGGGGAGAAUCUCCAGUGCGGGCAAGGCAGUGUGCCCAUGGGUUCUAGAAACAGAAUCCUACAGCUAAUGCCUCAGCUCAGCCCAACCCCAUCGAUGAUGCCCAGCCCUAAUUCUCAUGCUGCCGGCUUCAAAGGGUUUGGACUAGACGGAGUGCCAGAAAAGCGCCUGACAGACCCUGGGUUGAGUAGUUUGAGUGCCCUGAGUACUCAAGUGGCCAAUCUUCCUAAUACUGUCCAGCACAUGCUACUUUCUGAUGCCCUGACACCUCAGAAGAAGACCUCCAAGAGGCCCUCCUCUUCCAAGAAAGCAGACAGCUGCACCAACUCCGAAGGCUCCUCCCAACCUGAAGAACAGCUGAAGUCCCCCAUGGCAGAGUCCCUGGAUGGAGGCUGCUCCAGCAGUUCUGAGGACCAAGGCGAGAGAGUCAGGCAGCUGAGUGGCCAGAGCACCAGCUCUGACACCACCUAUAAGGGUGGAGCCUCAGAGAAAGCCGGCUCCUCCCCAGCACAAGGCACUCAGAAUGAAGCCCCCAGACUCAGCGCCAGUCCUGCAGCCAGAGAAGAGGCGGCCUCGCCAGGUGCUAAGGACACGCCAUCAUCUUCUGAGGGCAACCCAAAAGUCAAUGAGAAGACCAUUGGGGUGAUUGUCUCCCGGGAAGCCAUGACGACUCGGGCAGAAAAGCCUGGUGGGCAAGAUAAAGGCUCCCAAGAGGAUGAUCCCACAGCCACCCAAAGGCCACCCAGCGCAGGUGGGCCCAAGGAGAUCGGUCAUGCAUCAGUUUCACAGCCGGAGCCUCCAGGAGGAGGGGGCAAAGGAAACAAGAGUGGCGAUAACCCCAACCACAAUGGAGAGGGCAGUGGCCAGAGCGGGCACCCCACAGUAGGCCCUGGCUUCAUAGGCAGAACUGAGCCUAGCAAGUCUCCCGGAAGCCUGCGCUAUAGUUACAAAGACAGCUUUGGGUCAGCCAUGCCGAGAAGUGUCGGCGGCUUUCCUCAGUACCCUACAGGACAAGAUAAGGGGGAUUUCACUGGCCAUGGGGAGCGGAAGGCUAGAAAUGAGAAGUUCCCCAGCCUCCUGCAGGAAGUGCUUCAGGGUUACCACCACCACCCUGACAGGAGAUACUCUAGGAGUACUCAGGAGCAUCAGGGCAUGGCUGGUGGUCUAGAAGGAACCUCGAGGCCUAAUGUCUUAAUUAGUCAAACCAAUGAAUUAGCUAGCAGGGGCCUUUUGAACAAAAGCAUUGGGUCCCUAUUAGAAAACCCCCACUGGGGCCCCUGGGAGAGGAAAUCAGGCAGCUCAGCUCCAGAAAUGAAACAGAUCAAUUUGGCUGACUAUCCAAUUCCCAGAAAGUUUGAAAUAGAGCCUCAGUCAUCAGCCCAUGAGCCCGGGGGUUCCCUCUCCGAAAGAAGAUCAGUGAUCUGUGACAUUUCUCCACUAAGACAGAUUGUCAGGGACCCGGGGGCUCACUCGCUGGGUCACAUGGGUGCCGACACCAGACUUGGGAGGAAUGAACGUCUCAAUCCAAGUUUAAGUCAGUCGGUCAUUCUUCCAGGUGGUUUAGUGUCCAUGGAAACAAAACUAAAAUCCCAGAGCGGGCAGAUAAAAGAGGAAGACUUUGAGCAAUCCAAAUCCCAAGCUAGUUUCAACAACAAGAAAUCUGGAGACCACUGCCAUCCUGCUAGCAUCAAGCACGAGUCUUACCGAGGCAAUGCCAGCCCUGGAGCUGCCACCCAUGACUCCAUCUCAGACUAUGGCCCUCAAGACAGCAGACCCACGCCCAUGCGACGGGUUGCUGGCAGAAUGGGUGGUCGGGAGGGCAUGAGGGGUCGGUCCCCUUCUCAGUAUCAUGACUUUUCAGAAAAACUGAAGAUGUCUCCCGGGAGGAGCAGGGGCCCAGGGGGAGACCCUCAUCACAUGAACCCACAUAUGACCUUUACAGAGCGGGCCAACCGGAGUUCAUUACAUGCUCCCUUUUCUCCCAACUCGGAAAGCCUGGCCUCUGCGUACCACACGAACACGCGGGCCCAUGCUUAUGGGGAUCCCAGUGCAGGCUUGAACUCUCAGCCCCAUUACAAGCGGCAGAUGUACCAACAGCAGCAAGAGGAAUAUAAGGACUGGAGCAGCUCUGCUCAGGGAGUGAUCGCCGCGGCCCAGCACAGGCAGGAGGGGGCCCGGAAGAGCCCGAGGCAGCAGCAGUUCCUGGACAGAGUGCGGAGCCCUCUGAAAAAUGACAAAGACGGUAUGAUGUAUGGCCCACCGAUGGGGACUUACCAUGACCCCAGCGGUCAGGAAGGGCGCUGCCUCAUGUCUAGUGAUGGUCUGUCUAACAAAGGCAUCGAAUUGAAGCAUGGCUCCCAGAAGUUAAAGCAGGAAUCUUGUUGGGAUCUUUCUCGGCAGACUUCUCCAGCCAAAAGCACCUGCCCUCCAGGAAUGUCCAAUCAAAAAAGAUAUGGACCACCCCAUGAGACCGAUGGGCAUGGACUGGCUGAGUCUACACAGUCAUCCAAACCUAGCAAUGUUAUGCUGAGGCUUCCAGGGCAAGAGGAUCAUUCUUCUCAAAACCCCCUCAUCAUGAGGAGGCGUGUCCGUUCUUUUAUCUCUCCCAUUCCCAGUAAAAGACAGUCACAAGACUCGAAAAACAGCAACAUUGAAGAUAGAGGACGCCUCCUUCACCCCUCAAAAGAAGGCACUGAUAAAGCGUUCAAUUCCUAUGCCCAUCUUUCUCACAGCCAGGACUUCAAGUCCAUUCCCAAGAGAGAAUCCGCCAAGGACCUCACAAGUUCAGACAAUAGAAACUGCCCUCCUGUUACCCUCACAAGUCCUGCUAAGACCAAAAUCCUGCCCCCACGCAAAGGACGGGGACUGAAAUUGGAAGCUAUAGUUCAGAAGAUCACUUCCCCAAAUAUUAGGAGAAGUGCGUCCUCGAACAGUGCAGAGGCUGGGGGAGACACAGCACCUUUGGUAAUCUUUCCUGACUCAAAGAAUGUACCUGCAGCUGGCCGACUGGCCCCUGAGGCAAAUCCGACUGAGAAGGAGACCGAUGCAGUGACGAUUUCCCCCAAACCAGAGGGUUUCCCCCCAAAGGGGUACUUCCCUUCGGGAAAGAAGAAGGGGAGACCCAUUGGUAGUGUGAAUAAGCAAAAGAAACAGCAGCAGCCACCACCUCCACCCCCUCAACCCCCCCAGAUACCAGAAGGUUCUGCAGAUGGAGAGCCAAAGCCAAAAAAGCAGAGACAAAGGAGGGAGAGAAGGAAGCCUGGGGCACAGCCAAGGAAGCGGAAAACCAAACAAGCAGUUCCCAUCGUAGAACCCCAAGAACCUGAGAUCAAACUGAAGUAUGCCACCCAGCCACUGGACAAAAGUGAUGCCAAGAACAAGUCUUUUUUCCCUUAUAUUCAUGUAGUAAAUAAGUGUGAACUUGGAGCCGUUUGUACAAUCAUCAAUGCUGAAGAACAGACCAAAUUGGUGAGGGGCCGGAAGGGGCAGAGGUCUCUGACCCCACCACCCAGCAGCACGGAGAGCAAGGCGCUCCCAGCCUCGUCCUUCAUGCUGCAGGGACCUGUGGUAACCGAGUCUUCUGUGAUGGGCCACCUGGUUUGCUGUCUGUGCGGCAAGUGGGCCAGUUACCGGAACAUGGGUGACCUCUUUGGACCCUUUUAUCCCCAAGAUUAUGCAGCCACUCUCCCGAAAAACCCACCUCCUAAGAGGGCCACGGAAAUGCAGAGCAAAGUUAAGGUACGGCACAAAAGCGCUUCCAACGGCUCCAAGACGGACACUGAGGAGGAGGAGGAGCAGCAGCAGCAGAAGGAGCAGAGGAGCCUGGCCGCCCACCCCAGGUUUAAGCGGCGGCACCGCUCGGAAGACUGUGGUGGAGGCCCUCGGUCCCUGGCCCGGGGGCUUCCCUGUAAAAAAGCAACCACAGAGGGCGGCAGCGAAAAGACUGUUUUGGACUCAAAGCCCUCUGUGCCCACCACUUCAGAAGGUGGCCCUGAGCUGGAGUUACAAAUCCCUGAACUACCUCUUGACAGCAAUGAAUUUUGGGUCCAUGAGGGCUGCAUUCUCUGGGCCAAUGGAAUCUACCUGGUCUGCGGCAGGCUCUAUGGCCUGCAGGAAGCGCUGGAAAUAGCCAGAGAGAUGAAAUGUUCCCACUGCCAGGAGGCAGGCGCCACCUUGGGCUGCUACAACAAAGGCUGCUCCUUCCGCUACCAUUACCCGUGUGCCAUUGACGCAGAUUGUUUGCUACAUGAGGAGAACUUCUCGGUGAGGUGCCCCAAGCACAAGGUGAGACUGUGGAGAUGAGGAGGAGACACUCGUGAUGGAUGGAAAUGGUCCUACUGUGCAGCCA